AAUAUACAUAUCCUAACUAACCCCAGCGUCAAUCUGCCGCGUCACCUUCGUCUUCUUUAUCGCAACCCCCCUCUUCUUACUACAUCAGCUCGCCCCUCCGAUACUCGUCUUCGAGUUGUGCGACGACGUGUGUUCCGACGAGACACAUCGCUGCGACACUCCCAGCCGAAAGCGCCUGCCCCCCUUAUCUCUUCGUACGAGUCGAUGCGAUCUCGCGAGUAGAAACCUCCGUGGAAUAAUGGCCUAGCACCGCCCCCCUUCUAUCCCAAGAUAUCGUGGUCGUCUCCCUUCGAUCUAGGUCUCGCCAGCUCUCUCUCCCUCUCUUUCGUGGCUGGCCGCUUCGACUUCUCUGUCAUGUCUUCGCCCGAGCCGUCUGGUGUGGACGUCGAGCCCGCUGCUACGUCUGCCGACGAGCACACGCUCUCGGCUUUUGAGCGGCUCCCGAACGAGAUCAUCCUGCAAAUACUGCAAUUGGUCGACCCUAACUCCUUCGCGUCCCUCGUCCUAUUAAAUACGAAAUGGAGACGCAUCUCCCAGCAGGCCGAUCUCUACGCGUACCACCUCUCGCGAUGCGAUUCUUACGCUGCCAGCCAUAGCGCUGCGCCCGGCGCGACUGUCGCCGAGGACGACCUGCCUAGGUUACGGCGUCUGUUCGCCUGCGAGGUGAAGCGGAAUCUCUUCGACGCCUACCUGCGCCCGAAAACCACGACGAUCAAGCUUAUCUCGAAUUGCAUCGGUUCCUCCUCAGCUCCCGGUGGCGAGGGAUUGCAGUUCAGCCCCUCCCCGAAGGGCCAUCACCUCCUGGCCUAUAAUUCUUCGCGAAUAGUCGUCCUCGAUGCUCGCGAACCUACGUUGGCCGUCAAGCGAGAGUUUAAGAUCCUGCGCCGUCCCGCAUCUGCUUGCAUCUUGGACGACGGUAGUCUUCUUGCCGUCCUGUCUACUGACAUGCAGGUCGACUUAUACGACUUGACUGCGGUCCCGCCUCGCCGGACACGGUCUCUCAUUCUCGACCACGCUCCCCGCGCGAUCGCGCUGUCGCCAUGUGGUAGUGUUCUAGCCGCCGCAUACGAAGGCGGUAUCGAGGUGUCAUCGGUGGGUCCCGGCGCCCUCCCCACCGAUCGAAGGGCAGUCAAAUGUGACGGUGUCGACUCUCUCGCCUUCUCGUUCGACGGGACGCAGUUGCUGGGGACGACGACUACGUCCCACAUACCCAACACUGUAAUUUUGACCGCUCCAUACUACGACCCCGGCAACCAGAUGUCCGAAGAGAGCAACAUCAGUGCUUUAUGGACUACUUCCAUCCUCUUCCCGAACACGAGCCGCGAUUGUAGCCAUGCUGUCCUGCUGCAGGAGUCGAGUUCCAUGGAGGCAACCUGGACCUUCACGUAUGAUAGAAGCUUCGAGACCUUCCGCGCCGUGCGGAUUGAUGAUCUCCGAAACGGAACUACUUAUUUUACGGGACCCGUUCCUACCGAAUCAUCGCCUGUGCCUUUGUUGCCUUGUACCAUCCCGGCCGCUAGCUACCAAGGGGACCUCGUCUCGGCCGGAUUCGAAGGGAAGGAUAUCUGGGUGUACGGUAUACCCGAAGAUCUGGAGGCUGUUCCAGAGGGCAAUCACGCGACGCCCGAUCCGAAUGUUACGUCCGCGCUGAGCCGUAGGAACAGCGGAAUCUCAGCGCGCUCCCCCCAUCGAGCAGCGGAAGCGAAAAGCGGCCGAGUUCCCCAAUGGCAAAUCCUGUGCGACAAGUUCCGCAAUACGUUUGUAAGCGGACGCAAGGUUGGCGAAUUAACUGGCGUGAGCAUGGUAAAAUGGGUUUCCGGGUUCGGCGAGACACCGCUGGAGCAACGCCUGAUUGUUGCCGCACGCGGUAUCAUGCCGGGUAGGCUUGUAACCGAGGAGGAAGGUAUCGACUUCGUGGACGGGGGAAGAAUUGCGAUUCUCGAUUUCGAUUAUGGUCCCGUGAAUGGCGACGAGACUGAGAUCGUCAUUGAGAUCGGCACAAAGGAACCCGAGGUGCUCGAGGAAGAACAUCGCGAUAUCGACACGGAGGUCGCCAUCGUCAGACGAAGAACAGUGGCGCAGCGGAGAGGGAACCGCAGUAGUGUAAUCUCUGUCGCGACAACUACGGCUCGUCAAGUGGAUGCCCUACUGCGGCCUUCAACUUCUCGCGACGGCGACCUGGAAGACCCUUUAGUGCCGCGACCUAUGAUGACGGCGCGCACUGGUUCUCACGUCGCGAACCCCGAGGAUCCGGGAGAUGUCUCUCUAGAGGAGGCUCAAGAGGCUCUCGAUGCUCCGUAUGCUCACGCCAACCCGCGGUCUGGUACAACGUUACGUCGUGCCGCCACAGCUGCUGCCGUAAAUCGCCGGCGCAACCCGCAACCGGCCGUGGCUGGCCCAGUCGAGUACAGACGUGCCGAUGGGAGAGCAGAGCAUCCGCACGAGAGCGAUGCCGAUAACUGGGUGCCUCCCCCCCCACCUUAUGCUAAGGAUGAUCCCGGCGAUCUGCCCGCCUUCUUGCGCCAUUCUGUAAUUCCCGGUAUCGGGCUUGCGUCAAGUAGUAAUUACGCUAUCCCUCCGGUCCCUCCUCUUCCACGCAUUCCGCCAGUCCCGCCGAUCCCACCACUGCCGCUACUUCCGCGAGCAAUGCCACCGACAUCAAGGUCCGGCCGUCCAGAGUUAUCUCGGCUCCACACACCUACACCAGAAAGGACAUCGCGUAUGACCUGGAUCCCCCGUACUCCGCAGCCACGUCUUGCAAGCGAGGGUACGAGUCGUAAUAGGCCUGUCUCACUCGCAGCAAGGCAGGUACGCAGGCCUUUGUCGACGCCGUAUUUCACUCAAGAGGACCUGCCACAGGACGAGGAGGAGGACCUUUACGAUGUGUCUCCAGUCGAGUCGCCUUCACGAGCUCCGAGCCCAGACGCUUCCGAUAGUCAGACAGUACAGGAAAUCACGCCAGAAAGACGAAGUCUACACCAACCAUCCUAUAGGACACAGUCGCCAGCCCUCGAGAAUACACCGGCCUCUUCUAGAUCACAUCAUACUACCGGCAACUCUCGCCCGACCUCAGCUAACUCACGCGCUUCUGAUCCUAGCACGCCAUCGCCCUCGAGAAGUGUUCCGAAAGAGGGCAACAGGCGAGCCGAUCCUACCUCAGUCUCGCAUAAACUUCCAAACGCCCGGACUUGGCCAAGGAUUCAGCCGCCAUCUGGCCAGGCCUCGUCAGCCUCGCUUAGUGGUUACCCUCAUUCCGCGCCAGCGACGGGACAAAAAAACGAGGAUAUCAUAGCAGCAGCUUUGCCUCCAGUACCAAGCCUGGAACAUACAGCAGGUCUACACAGCAGAAAGGAUAGUUAUGGCGUGCCCCGUCCCGCGUCAAGCAACUUCCACUACCCCCGCAUACACGUGGGUAGCCGUGCGGCUCAAACCCCAGAGCCUCAGCGAUAUGGCGGGGUUCCUCAGGGACAAACUCCGGCGCCGGCCCCCUCAGAGCCGCUUAUCAUUAGCACGCCGAAGGGUGUUACAGGCGGGUUUGACAUUCGCGACGACUCAAACACGUGUGAAUCCCCCCCGGAGACGGUGCUGCACGCGCCGAUUCCUCGCCACCCUCGACCGGCGUCUGGAGCUCACUUGCGACCUACCGUCGAACGGCUCGAAGCCGUCUCCAGAGCUUCCAACGGGGAGCCACAGAACAACGACGAUGGCAAUAGCAACUCGCGGCCCACGUCCCAGCUCAACUCGACGUCCUUACGACAUCACACUAGUCUCAACCGCCGGCAGAGCCGCGCCCGCAGGGGUGCUCUGAAGAACAUACGGGACGCCAAGCUCCGCGGGUGGACGGGGCGCAGGAAGGACAAAAACAAGGAGGCCGACGGCGGAUGGACGGACGUAACGUGGGCUUCUAUGUCGUCGGCUCCCAAGGGCCAGACCAAGGAGAAGAAGUGCAUCGUGAUGUAGCGCGUACGAAAAAGGAAGCAUGCUAUGGAGCCCUGACCAUUUUUAUUUUUAGAUCUGUCUCUCGGGGGGAACAUAAGCUUAAACGGGGGUUGGAUCUGUUUUUUUUUCUUUUCUCUCUGUGCGUCUUCAACAGCUCGUGGUUUUGGAUAACCGGAUCACGGAGGAAAAGGAAGGGCUGGAACGGCGGAAGGUAAUGCGCGCGCGCGUUCCCGCGAGGCUAGAUGAUCUC